UCAAAGCGUCGCAUUCUCUCCGCGUUUGGUUCUCUUGCGUCCAUUCAUUGCCUAGUUUGGCACCGCGAUCGACGAUGCAUCAGCUUUUAGGAGGCCUGCGAAACCUGCUGAAGAUCCAGAAGGUCCACAUUGACGGUAACAUAUUUCGUCUGAACACCAAGAUAUCCGUCGUGUUUCUGCUAGCAUUCUGCAUGCUGUUAACCGCUCGAGAGUAUGUCGGUUCACCGAUAGACUGUUUGGGCAGCAGCUUACCGUCCAGCGUCGUCAACUCGUUUUGCUGGAUCGAAUCCACAUACAGUGUGACUACGCUGCUCAAUGCGAGUGGACCCGAUAAUAUCGUAGCGUACCCAGGCGUGGGUUCGGUGAAGAGCGAGGUGUCGCAACGGAAGUACCACACCUAUUACCAAUGGGUUUGCUUUUUGUUGUUCUGCCAAGCUGUCUUCUUCUACGUCCCACGUUGGUUAUGGAAAAUGUGGGAGAAUGGCAAAGUGGAAGCCAUUGUGUCUGCUCUUGACGUGAAGUCCGCAAUCUUCCAGGAGCAACGUGAAGCCCGCAACAGUUUGGUAGACUUCCUUGUCCUGAAUCUCCGGAGGAACAACGUGUACUUCACACGUUAUUUCUGCUGCGAAAUUGCUUGCGUUGCAAACGUCAUCCUCCAGAUGGUCAUCACCAACUGGGUACUCGGCGGUGGCUUCUACACUUACGGGUCCGACGUCGUCAACUGGUACCGUCAAGACAAGCAGACCACUGUCAGCCCGAUGGUCCGGGCAUUCCCCCGCCUCACCAAAUGCAGCUUCUGGAAGUUCGGAGAUUCGGGAACAUUGGAGAACCGCGAAGCCAUCUGCGUCCUCCCUCUCAACAUCCUGAACGAGAAGAUAUUCCUCUUCCUUUGGUUCUGGUACGUCAUUCUCCUGAUCCUGGGGGUCCUCGUCGUCAUCUACCGGAUCGUCGUCUGUGUUCACGUGCCUCUGCGGUACGGACUUCUGCAGGUUCGAUUCCCGCACGCACCUACGCUGUCCUCGGUCGUUAAGCACGUGUCUAUGGGCGAUGUCUUCAUGCUAAGCCUCAUCGGACAGAACGUGGACUCGCUUGUCUUUAGCGAUAUCAUUCGCGAACUUUCGCGUCGCGUGGUGAAGGAACCGCUGGGCGACGGCGAGUCAGCUCGGCAGUACGUCGGAUGUACGCCGGCCAAUCGGGUUUAACGUGUGCUUUGAACCCUUGGCGAUAGUAGGAGCCUGGUGAUAUUUUGCUAGAAAUUAAUUUCAGGCAUUGAAGGCACAAUGGUUUAAUAAUGGGAAUAAUGGUUUAAUAAUAAUUAUUAUGAUUGAAUCAUAAGUCAUAUCAUAAUUACAGUAAUUAUACAGCCUCCUACGAUUGCCGAUGGUUGUCACUUUUGUUUUCUGAGAUUUGUUUUGUUACCGAGAUAUGCACUGACCAUUGAUGCGUUUUCCAACUGCUUAUCCACUUUUCUAGGUCUCAACUGUAGCGGCGCUACAGCUGACGACACCGAAGAAGCGUCGUAUGCCGCAAGCCGCGCGCCACGAAUGUGGUCAUCCUGAUUCAGGAGCCGCGCUGCUACCCACGUAGCUGACUGUUAAUAAGCAGCAUUUUGUUACUCUGUUGUACUGGCGACGAGGAUGAGACAGCCCAUCCUCGCCCCACCCAACACUGCUUAUUAACAGUCAACUAGGUGGGUAUAGCAGCGCGGCUCCUGAAUCAGAAUGGCCACAUUCGCGGCGCGCGGCAUACACGACACUUCUUCGUUGUCGCCAUUAGCGCCGCUACAUAAACGAUAGCUUCUGUUCAUGUCUGCAUUGUACAUACCACAACUUUUGAGUGCCUCUUGUGUUUUUUUUUUUUUUCUCUUUUCCAUUUUCUUUUUUCUUCUUCUUUUUUUUUUUUCAGCGAAGACUUUUGACCGAGUUUCCGGUUAGUUCCAGACUAUGAUUUACGUUGCAUCCGAAAGCAAGUUCGUUUCACGAACAGCUUGCCUUUGGGUCAACGAUAUGGACGCCGCUCAUAAAUAUCGUUGCAGGAAGUGACGUAACCCAGAGUUUUUUGUUUUUUUUGUCUGUUUAGUGUAAACUCCUUAUCUUUUGGCAUUCCACGUUCCUGGGACUGUUCUCACUUGAAAAGAGGUGUGAGUUCAAAAGGGACGCACAUUCUCCCGUGAUAUAUGACACUCCAUUAAGCGAGAGUUAUUGCUGUGAUAGGUGGUAAAAAGACAUUUAGAUGAGUUGCAGUUGCCAAAGUGGGCAAGUGAUAUUUUUCUAAGGUAAUAAAAAGUAUUUUCGAUGUCGA